AGAAGUCGGAAGUGAGCACUUAUAGCUGAGGGCGGGGCCAGCGUAGGCUUCUUCGGUUAGGGAGUCGCUGGGUGAUGGUGUAGGUGGUUCCUCUGAAUGGUCUGAGAGAGCUGUUGUAGUGGCCCGAGGAGGUGCACCAUGGGCUGCUUCUUCUCCAAACGGAGAAAGCAGGCCAAAGAGCCGAAGCCUAACGCGGAGAGUGGGGACCGGGACGCCGCUGUGCCCUCGGAGGCCGAGAAACGGCCGCAGUAUAGUUGGGACCAGCGAGCCAAGAUUGAUCCUAAAGAUUACAUGUUUUCUGGACUCAAAGAUGAAACUGUUGGACGUUUACCUGGGAAAGUUGCAGGGCAACAGUUUGUCAUUCAGGACUGCGAAAACUGCAGUAUCUACAUCUUUGAUCACUCUGCUACAAUCACUAUUGAUGACUGUACAAACUGUCGAAUCUUUUUAGGACCUGUAAAAGGCAGUGUGUUUUUCCGUGAUUGCAAAGAUUGUAAAUGUGUAGUGGCUUGCCAACAGUUUCGUACCCGGGAUUGCAGAAAGAUGGAUGUCUUUCUGUGCUGUGCCACCCAACCCAUUAUUGAAUCCUCUUCAGGUAUGAAGUUUGGGUGUUUUCAGUACUACUAUCCAGAGCUGGCUCUGCAGCUGAAAGAUGCUGGGCUGAGCAUAUUUAACAAUACAUGGAGCAAUAUCCAUGAUUUCACACCAAUAUCAGGAGAGAACAACUGGAGUCUUCUACCUGUGGAUGCUUUAGUUCAGGACUAUGUACCACUGCCAACUGCUGAAGAACUGAAAGCUGUCAGGAUUUCAACUGAUGCCAACAGGAGCAUAAUUCCAAUAACACAAGGUAGACGUCAAAAGCACAGUGAAGAAUCUUGCCUGGCAGUAUUCUUUGCUGGAGAUUAUACAACUGCUAAUGCUAGAAAGUUAAUUGAUGAGAUGGCUGGCAAAGGCUUCUGGCUGGUGCAGACUAAAGAAGUUUCCAUGAAAGUUGAUGAUGCGCAACGAGUGUUCCAACAAAGAGCUUCUGAAUUUAUCCCUUUACUUGAAAAAGGUCCUGUUGUUGCUCUAGAGUUCAGUGGUGAUGGUUCUGUAGCAACAUGCCAAGAUAUUGUUGUUACUGUCUUCAGUGGAGCUAAGGUUUUUGUAUCAGAGGACAAGGCAUCUGCUUCCAGAGAAGUAGACAGCUUCUAUAACUUUGCUGAUAUGCAGAUGGAAAUGUGAAGUAGACAUAAGCACCUUAUGGAUGGUUGGAAUGUAUAUUAGGUCUGCAUAGCACUCUCAAUUGAUAGAAGGAAAACAAAAAAAUGCCUUUACAAAAUAAAAAAACGGAAUGCAUCUCAAAUGACAUGUCACAUAUCAAAUACUUCUAUAAGCCCCUUUUAAUGCUUCCCUGGCUAUGUCUAAUUCUUUCCUACAUAUAAUGUUUCAAUGUUAUAAGCCAGGCAGUCCCUCCAGUGUGUUUGGUAACUUCAUAGAAAUUAGAAGAAAGAUGGUACACAUGCACUUCAGUUUUAGUCAAAAUUUGCAAUAAACUUCAAAAGUAGCAUAACUUCACAAGUUGUAGGUGGUGUGAUUUUACAAAAUUCAGUCAUCUUGCUGAAGUUACAUAUGUCCUGAUUUUUCAGUGGGAAAGAUCUAAGCACUUAACUCGCAAUGAAAUUAAUAUGACCCAAAAGUUCUUGAUAUAAGUAGCAUAGGCGAGAAGUUCCAGUUUAACUUCUUGCUCUAAAGUCUCAGGUUCUACAUGGACUUGCAACAUCUUUGGUAGUUACACUUGAAUUACUCAAUGGCUCCAGAAAUUGUUUGCUGAAGCAUGCAGGGCUUGUGUUUCUACUUCUGAUGGAAGUAUCCAACUUGGGGACGUGGACUCUUGGGUUGGUACUGAGUCCCACAUUUGAUUCUUGCAUUCGGAGGAAUCUGUUCAAAUAUAUUAAAGUGAUAAGCAGGGCUUGGAGAAAUGGAAGAACCUUGCACUUCAGAUUCUGUCCUUGUGCAAAAAUUUAAAACGGAAGCUUGCAAAUCCUGCUUCUUCAACAUCCAAAUCUGUCUUGAACUUGAGCGUUAUGAUUUCAUUUUGUUUUGUGCCAUCUGCAAAUGUCAGUUGUACAUGUGAACCUCUAUCUCAAAAGCUGAAGGAAGAAAUGUCUGCAGGACGUCUGAGUUGGUAGAAAGUAAAAGAAAAUUACUAAAAUUAAAGAUUAAGCUGAUAAUACAAUCAUUCUCAUUAAGUCUAAGUACAAUGCAAUAGCUAAGAGUACAAAUCAUAUAUAUUGGCCAUGCUGAACCUGGAAGAUGGCAUGAUGUAAGUACACUGAGUAGGCAUACUCAAAAGACUGUAAUUACACUCAAGUAUGUAGGAACUGGUCCUUUAUGCAAACUAAAGAAUUUUUUUUCUUAAAUCAACUAUCUAAAUAUGUGUUAUAUGUAAAUAAUGGUUUUUCUUCUAGAAUAGCACUAUAUGCUAAAGUCCACAGAAUUCUUACUUAAGGCUUUAACAGGAAAUAACUUUAAAAAUCAAAUGAAAUCCUCUGCAAUGUGUAGGGUAAGAUUAUUUGUCAAAUCAUUGAAGGUUUUUAAUAACAUUUCCUACUUUCUUUUUAUACUGUCAAAAUUGAAGAAUUCCAAAUAGUUUCUGAAUCUUUGUGAAUUAUUGCUUAUUCAGGAAUAUUGCUUAUUCUUUAUAAUGUAAACUAUUCAGUAAAUUCAUUGGUAUCAUAAUACAGUAAGUGCAUUAUCAGGGUUUUGUAUGUUACGGCUUUUAUAUGUUUCUUGUCUAGCACUUGUAAAAUGUGAUUUAUAAUAAAUAUUUAAAUGGAAA